UCCAUGAUACUUAUUGAAACAGUUGUGGUGUUUUUGUGUGUGCACGCAAUCGGAUGGACCAACAGCAUGCACCUCAACGAAACCAGCUCGUAUCAAUAUGGUGACCAUGUUCUAAUAUGCUUCCUUUGGGACAACACAACACAAGCAUUAGAUGUGAAACAUGAGUUCCCAUCUAACAAAACACAGAUAACGAUCGCUAAGUGCGACGAAAAUCGACAAAACGAAAGUGUGUGCAGUCUAACCAGGCUAUCCCAUGGCUAUGCUGUUUGGGGACAGAAUAGAACAACAUACCUUGUGAUUGAAGAAAUGAAAUAUGCAACAGCUGGAAUGUAUUUUUUCAUAGACCGAAACAAUCCAAAUAUAAAUUUAAGCAUCGAUGUACAACCAACUCCCACAACAGGAUGUGAACAAUUCUACAACGGUGUUUGGACAUGUAUUUACAUUGCGACGCUGGCGAUAUUUGGUGCUUUCUCUGCUGCGAUAGCUGCCGUGGUGCAAUGGUUUAUAUUAGUCUUCCGGUUGAUAUUCUACAUAGUGUACUCAAAACUUCCUGCACCCGCCCAAAGAAGAAUUGAUGAAUGGAUUAAUCAACAAACUGCUCGGUUCUUGAGGCGCAAUGAAGUUAACUUAUCUUCACUCCCCAGAAGGACAUGAUCCACCAAAUGACGGCUUGGUGUAAAAAGGAUCAGUGUACCCCAAAAAUUGAGACAUGCUUUACCCACCACGUUUUGAAGAAAAUGUGUUAUGUCUUUAUGGCUGAGUUGAGGACAAAUGGAUGAUAGUCGUGUUUGGUUCUGUCUCUUGUUUGUAUAACCUUUUAUAUUACUUGCCAUUUUAUAGAACUUCAUAUGUAUAUAUAUGAGCACAGUGCUCGUGGUCAGCUUUGUUGAUCACACGUAGUUAUAUGCAGCUUCACUAACUAGCUUGUUAAUAUUUUAGAAGCUACAUUUAUUGCCCAAUUAUCAUAACACUGUGUUAGAACAUUUGUCCGAAUUAUAUCUUACGGAGUAAGAAACUAGAUGACGUGAGGUUAAAACUAGUUCAACAGAUGCAAUUAUAUAAAAAGCGUGUCAAUACUUUAGAAGUCACAUUUAUAGUCCAAUCUUCAUCCUGUAUCCAUAUAACUUGCUCAUAAGAAUUUUUUAAAUGAUACCUUGAUACAGAUUGAAUAGUGCUUCGGUGUUCUAAGACAUGGCUGCCAGGGGCACGCAGGUUUCCUUAUAUGACAAUAGUAAACCCUUGUGAAUAUUAAAAGCACUUGAGUGCUUUCUAAAUUAACCAUGGAAUUUGCUUGGAAGCUUUGCUCUGCAAUUAAGAAACCAUUUAGUUGAUAUAAGGAAAGAUUCUACACAAUACCAAUUCAUGCUCUUAAUUAAUUUAAUGAAUCCUAUGACAUUUAUUAUCUGAAUAAGUCAUAUAAAUAAUAGUUCUCCCUAUGAAAUAUACAAGUAAA